AGGCAGCUAAAGAUAAAGCCAUGCAGAGUAUGGCUACAAUGUCAUCUGCCCAGAUUAUCUCUGCAACUGCCUUCCAUAGUAAAAUGGCCUUGCCUGGUCUCCCACGGCCAGCCUACCCUGCUGUUUCUGGGUUUUGGCAAGGACCUUUGCCUGGCCAAGCUGGAUCUUCCCAAGACGUGAAACCUUUUUCUCAACAACCUUAUGCUGUACAGCCUCCGCUGCCAUUACCAGGGUUUGAGUCUCCCACUGGUCUCUCGCCUUCCCCAUCAGCACCAGCUUGGCAAGGACGAAGGGUUGCUAGCUCCAAACUUUGGAUGUUAGAAUUCUCUGCGUUCUUGGAACAACAACAAGACCAAGACACGUAUAACAAACACCUGUUUGUGCACAUUGGGCAGUCAAGCCCCAGCUACAACGACCCCUACCUCGAGGCAGUGGAUAUCCGGCAGAUCUAUGACAAGUUCCCUGAGAAGAAAGGGGGCCUGAAGGAGCUCUUUGAGAGGGGGCCAGCUAACGCCUUCUUCCUUGUCAAAUUCUGG